UGGUCGGUCGGUGGCAGUUCGAGUCUGUCGUCAGGUCAAGAAACGUGUGGUUAGAUUCGAUUCGUUGGCAACGUUCUUCGCUCUUUUUUUUCUUAUCUUCGUUAAAGUUUCUCGCGAACCGAAUAAAAUUGUGUAAUUGAGAAGUAUUCGCGACGUUUUUCAAUAUGGGUUAAAGAGUGUUUCUUCGUUUCUCGAUUAUAUCUUAUGUGCAAACUUCGUUAAGCUGUGUUUCAAAGUGUGAAUUAGUGUGCGUAUUGUGCAAGUUGUUUGAACGCAGCUCACUGAUCGAGGUGGCACGUUUGCUUGUGUAUUCGUCCCUCUCCUUUUUCGUUUCGUUCUUUCGUUUUGGUAGAGAACUGAGAGAAGAUUAUUCAAUUGUUAAUUGCAAGUAAAAAAAAACAAAGCAAUAUAAGUGAACGUUAGUUUAUCGAAAUCGAAUGAACCGUAUGCGUCGACGACGACGUCGAAGACGAGGACGAAGGGGAUAGUCGAUGGCAAUAGCGCAAUGAAACACAGAUAAUGCGGCAACUACGUGACCGACCGAGCAACAUUUAGUAAUAAGAAAGAUCAACCUCGACCUCCAAAUACGUUGCCGACAGUAUAAUCUCGACGAGUUUAUACUUCGAAGGGUUAAGAAGUAUAUUCAGGAAAUUGUUUUAUCCAUCUAUUUUGAAAAUCAUAUAAUCAUAGAAAAUUUUCAUCGUUCGAUGUGUGCAAACUUCUAUGAAGAGAUUUUUAUACUGGUCCUCGAGAAACCGUUAAUCGAGACUGGAUCGGAUCGAGCAAAGUAGGACAAAGUGCAAUAAUCCUACUUAAGGAAAAAUCUGUGCUGUAUACUUUUUAAAUUUUUUCCACGUAUAAGAAGCUAAUGAUCUCUGAAAAAUAUCUUAAAUUAUAAACAAUAAUAUUUUGAAUAUAUAUAUAUAUAUAUAAUGUUUCUUCUAUUUGUAUAACUUAUCUGGAUAUAUUCUACGAUAGCAUAGUAUUACAUAGAAAGGCUGCAAAUGAAAACUAAGUACCUUAGAAAGUACCAAAUAAAUCGAGUAGAUCGUUCAUUUUGUUAGGAAUUUUAAGAGAAUUAAAUCAUUAAGAAAACAUGUUCACCAAUUAUCAAUUUAAAACUGUUUAAUCUGGUGUCUAUAUCUAUAUCCUGUAAAAGAUAAAAAAGAUAAAAAUAUAGAAAAACAAAGGCAAAUUGAGAUCGAUUGAAAUGAUCGUCGGGAACAUAACCGAAUCCUGCUCGUUGUACGACAACGGAAAAAGAGAAUAGAGAGAUUAGUUGGAAAAAGGAAAACAUUUGGAUCGAUCGGACCGAAGCAAAGACCCAUUUAGAAUACAAAAAGAAUCGUCGAGGUAUGUGCAACAAGUUAAGGGGAAGCACGUGACUGUUAUCUGCUUAAAGCAAACAUCCGAACAACAUAGAUAAAAUUGGAAGCGACGACCGCAAAACUUGAGAUACGCGCAAAAAAUAUAUCCGCAUAUAAUACGUUCUUUUUCUUACGCGAAGUCGCGAAGAAAAACUCGCUGGCCGAGUUUAAAAGAAACGUCAAAGAUUGCGAUCGGUUUGUUGGUCACGAAUUGAGGAAGUUGGAAAUAGAAGAAAAAAAAAAAAAAGGAGCGUGUCACGGGAAAUUGGACGGGCAAUUUCGUCGUUUUGUGUGCUAUAAUCUAUACAAGUUGAUGAUAUACGCCUAUGCCGCGUAUUUUUCGAAACCACGUAGCAACAUGUUUGAAUUCUAUUCACAGAAGGGCGUAAAACUUUGAAUGACUUUCCCGUUUUGCGGCUUCAUUUUUGACUCGUCCGACGAGAGGACGAGACAAAUGCCCGUCGCUUCAGAAGAUUGGGUCCCGCACCCGGCUAAGAUAACCAGUUCUAUUACCACUGUCAAAGGUGCCACUAUCCAAAGCACGACUACAUCUUGGAUGUCGCCAUACAGCAGAGCAUCUCCGUCUGAACGUCCAACCUCUAACAACAACAAUAAUAAUAAUAAUAAUGGAGUUGUCAUACUCGAAGGAUGUAGACCACCUGCUGCCACCACUGCUAGAAGGUUUCUCAGGUGGUUCAGCAGACUUGGUCAACCACCAAUGGGGAAAUCAGGGGUGUUGGAGAUGGCGGCCACAGAGAGCACGAUCCGUUUCAGCGGGCAUACAUUGGACAAGGCUACAAAGGCCAAGGUAACCUUGGAGAAUUACUACAGCAAUUUGAUAGCCCAGCAUAUCGAGCGAAAGCAGAGGCUUGCGAAAUUAGAGGAAUCGUUGAAAGACGAAGGACUGUCGGAGCAACAGAAGCAGGAGAAACGGUUGCAACAUGCCCAGAAAGAAACUGAAUUUCUUCGCUUGAAACGCUCUCGGCUCGGCGUCGAAGACUUCGAACCUCUCAAAGUUAUCGGCAGAGGCGCUUUCGGAGAGGUAAGACUCGUGCAAAAGAAGGACACCGGGCACGUGUACGCGAUGAAAAUUUUACGAAAAGCCGACAUGUUGGAGAAGGAGCAGGUAGCGCACGUCAGGGCCGAAAGAGACGUAUUGGUGGAGGCUGAUCACCAAUGGGUCGUAAAAAUGUAUUAUAGCUUUCAAGAUCCUAUAAACCUGUAUCUAAUCAUGGAGUUUCUUCCAGGCGGUGACAUGAUGACACUGCUAAUGAAGAAAGACACGCUUUCCGAGGAGUGUACACAAUUUUAUAUUUCUGAGACUGCGUUGGCAAUCGAUUCUAUUCACAAAUUAGGAUUUAUUCAUAGAGAUAUCAAACCGGAUAAUCUGUUAUUAGAUGCGCGAGGUCAUAUAAAGCUUUCUGAUUUUGGAUUAUGCACGGGUUUGAAAAAAUCUCAUAGAACAGAUUUCUACAGAGAUCUUAGUCAAGCGAAACCUUCGGAUUUCAUGACGUCAUGUGGAAGCGGAAGUGGCGGAGCGAUGGACAGUAAAAGAAGAGCAGAGAGUUGGAAAAGAAAUAGGAGAGCGUUAGCUUAUAGUACAGUAGGAACACCAGAUUACAUAGCUCCGGAAGUAUUUUUACAAACUGGUUACGGACCUGCUUGUGAUUGCUGGUCUUUGGGAGUUAUUAUGUACGAGAUGCUCAUAGGAUAUCCUCCAUUCUGCAGCGAAAAUCCUCAAGAAACUUAUAGGAAAGUUAUGAACUGGAGAGAGACUUUAGUUUUUCCACCAGAAGUUCCUAUUAGCGAGGAAGCCAAGGAUACCAUAAUCAGAUUUUGUUGCGAAGCUGAUAGAAGAUUAGGUGCGCAAAGAGGUAUAGAAGAACUUAAACUCGCUCCUUUUUUCCGUGGCGUGGACUGGGAACAUAUCAGGGAAAGACCUGCCGCGAUCCCAGUCGAAGUACGUUCCAUCGACGAUACUUCCAAUUUCGACGAAUUUCCAGAUGUGAAACUGGAAAUACCAUCUGCACCAAUGCCUCAAGACGGAGAAGUAAUAUACAAGGACUGGGUGUUUAUUAAUUACACGUUCAAACGAUUCGAAGGAUUGACGCAACGAGGCACUCCGACUAAGAAAUAGCAACACUCUAUUUCUUGCUCGGUUUCAACCAGUCAGCAGCCUGACGCAACUGGAAUUCCGGCCUUGGUACAUAAUCCGUACCCUCCGUUGUCAUCAACGACAUCUCGAAUGGAUGGUUGAUUCGUUUUAUCUUCUGAAUACGGUCCAGUCAAUCAUCGGCAGCCAGUCGCUUUUACAUGUACAUAUAUUAUACGUGACGGGAUGAGCGCGACGUAUACGUUAUCAACAAGAUACGAAUGAAGAGAAAGAAAAGAAAAGGGCAAAGAAAAACGAACAUGGCAAAGAUUAUAAAAAGAAAAAAGGAAAAAAAAAAAAAAAAAUGUCGUGUUGUUUUACAAAGAAAACGGAAUGAUAAAUAUUUUGUAGACAAGCAGGUGCGAAAAUCGUUGCACAUGUGAUAAGGAAGAACCGACAUAUUUUCAUGCGCACUGUAACGUUUUUAGCGAUGUCACAACUAUAAAAUACGUUUGUUUUUCGUUC